AUGCCAUCCAACGGCUCUGGGUCCGAUAAUCCGUGCUAUUUGUACCCGUCAGCCGGGUAUGGUCAACAAAACUACGAGGCCUCAACUCCUCGGUACGCAGGCAGCGUGCGUUCUCACACGACUUCCUCCUCAGCUUCGCAAAGCUCUGAGUAUAGUUCUGACAGUGGCAUUCAAAGCUAUUACGCCCACGUACCGGACAACAGCACCUCAUAUGACGAGUUCGGCAUGCCUCGAGCAUACUCUGAGACCCCAUCUCCGUCGGCUUACACAGCACUCACCACUUUCUCCCGUGGCAUUCUGCAACAACAGGCUGCUCGUAUACCAAACAGACAAAUGCUCCAUUGCGAAUUUCAGCCUUGGACUGGGUGUAGGGAGCAGUUCCAGCUUGACGAAGUCGAUGCCUGGAUCAGACAUACCGACUACGAGCACUUGCAAGGCAACUUUCCUACGAAAUGCAUCUGCUGGUUUUGUGACGACUUCGUUUUCAGCACCCAGCACUGUACCGAAGCCAGACAUAACUUCACCAAUCGUAUGAAGCAUAUUGCGGACCAUAUCCUGGAUGGUGAUCGUUUUGAGCAGAGGCGACCCGACUUCCACUAUCUCGACCACGUAUACAAAACCGGGAAGGUUUCACGCCAGGCCUUCGAGUGGGCUAAAGAUGCAAAUGAGGGUCCCCGACCUUUGGAGGGUGUUCAUCCAUAUGGCUGGAGACCUGCUAGGCGUGAGGCCGCAAUCGUCAUGACAUCGGGCAGUGAACGACGACAAAAAAAGCGUUGCUCCUAG